GUUCGCGCCCGGCCGGCCGGAAGUGACGCGGGGGCGGGGCCCGGAGCGCCUGCGGCCCCGGCGGACAGCGCGGCGCAGUGACCAGGAAUAGGCCUUGGGAUGUGCAUGUGACUAUGGACAACAAGGACUUAGAAGCUGAGAGCCACCCCUUGAAGAGCGAAGACAGAAAAUCAAAACAGAGUCCAGGAAACCGAGUUAAAGCUGAAGACCGCCUGCCGCGCUCGCCUGCUCAGUCCCGGCUCUCACGGUGCCGAGCCGUGGCGUUUUUCCUCUCACUCUUCCUCUGCCUCUUUGUGGUAUUUGUGGUCUCAUUCAUCAUCCCCUGUCCUGACCGACCUGUGUCCAAGAGGAUGUGGAGGCUUGACUACAAUGCAGCAGUCACCUAUGAUUUCCUGGCCCUAGAAGACAUUAACGGGGACAGGAUACAGGACAUCCUCUUUCUUUAUAAAAACACCAACGCUAGCGACGCUGUUAACCACUCCUGCACUGAGGAAGGCUCCUCCCCCUGUGCUUUUGUGGCUGCGGUGUCAGGGGCCAAUGGCAGCGUGCUGUGGGAGAGGCCCGUGGCCCCUGACGUGGCCCUCGCAGACUGUGUCGGGCCCCAGCUGACAGAUGCCAAGGCAGCACCCACCUGUGUCCUUGUGGGCAGGCCCAGAUCUUUCAUUGCCGUGGAUAUCUUCACAGGCAAGAUCCGGUGGAGCCACCCCAGCGGCUUUGGCAGCAACACGUCCAUCCUGCGACCUCUGCUGCAUGUGCCGGACAUCAAUGAUGAUGGAGCCCCAGACCUGCUUCUCCUCACCAGGGAGGGAAUGGAGGUGCAGGGUCACCUCUACUCAGGCAGCACCGGGCACCAGAUCGGCCGUGGGGGUAGCCUGGGUGUCGACGGGCACAGCAGCCCCCUGCUUCAUGUCACCAGAACGGGCGCACACUACAUUCUCCUCCCCUCAAAUUCCCUCUGUGGCUGCUCCGUGAAGAGUCUGUACAAGGAGGUGACCGGGGAGGAGGGCUCCCUGCAGACGGACCCCCUGUGGGAGAGGAAGCUCAGCUCUACGGGUCACAGGCUGCAUCUGCACAGCUCCGGGGCUGUGCGCCACCUGAUGAACGUGCCAGGGAAAGGCGGCCAGGACUUGCUGCUCGUGGGCUCUGAGGCCUGCAUGCUGCUGGACGGCCAGGAGCUCACACCCAGGUGGACGCUGGGCAUGGCCCAGGUCCUGAGAAAACCUGUCCUCGGCCACUACAAACCAGAUGCCUUGGCUGUGGUCAUCGAGAACGGAACCGGCCUUGACAGACAGAUCCUCCUCCUGGACCUCAGCUCUGGAAACACCCUGUGGAGCCAGGCCCUCCCCAGCCUGCCACAGGGUCCACCAUCCACCACCCUUCCCACCGCAGACCACCGCUCUGCCUUCUUCUUCUGGGGCCUGCAUGAACUAGCCAGCACCAACGAGACGGAGCCCGAGGCCAACUGGCACAGCCUGUAUAUGUUCCAUCCGACGCUGCCACACGUGCUGCUGGAGCUGGCCAACGUGUCUGCCAACAUCGUCAUUGCAGAUGUACUCCUGUUCGAGCCGAGCCGCCAUGCUGCUUACAUCCUCCUGACGGGCCCAGCCAGCUCCGACAGGCCCGGGCUGGUGUCUGUGACCAAGCACAAGGUGCGCGACCUCGUGCCGGGCAGCAGAGUAGUCCGCCUGGGUGAGGGGGGCCCGGAGAGUGACCAGGCCGUCAGAGACCGUUUCUCCCAGCUGCGCUAUCGGAGUGACACUUAGGUGGAGAUCACUGGAAGCUGGGGGCAGGGCGGGGGGGCGGUACAUGGUGGCAACCACUGGCCAGCCCUUCCUGCCAUGUCCAGCAGGGAGUCAGGGCUGUCAGGGUCCUCCUCCAGGUGCCCCUUCCGCCUCCCUUGUGUCUCCUGGGUCCACUGGACAGAGCUUGACUGCCAGCUGUGCCUCGCCAAGUGCCCAGGACCUGUCCUCCCAUGUCUCCCCACACCAGCCUCAGGGGAGCUGACCAGAUGCAGCUGCAGCACUGCCCAGAGCAGCACUGGGUG